GUCAGUCACUCUCGAAGCCAACAUGGCGGCGCUAGCUGGUUCGCCGUCCGCCGCUCACCCGCCCCUGGCGACGGCCGCCGCGCCCAGUCCCGCUCCGGCGCCGCCCGGGCCCCCUGGCUACAGGCCCUUCGAGCCCGAGGCGCUCGGCCUCAGCCCGGGCUGGAGGCUCACCGGCUUCGGGGAGCUGCGGGGCUGAGGCUGUAAAGUCCCUCAGGAGACGCUGCUCAGGCUCCUGGAGGGACUCGCCGGGCCCAGCGCGGGGCUGAUCGGCGAAGGGGAGGCGGCCGCCGGAGGCCCAGCCCCUAUUCUCGGCAUUGGAAUGGACUCCUGUGUCAUCCCUUUGAGGCAUGGGGGUCUUUCCCUUGUACAGACCACAGACUUCUUUUAUCCACUGGUGGAGGAUCCCUAUAUGAUGGGCCGCAUUGCCUGUGCCAACGUGCUGAGUGACCUCUACGCCAUGGGCAUUACAGAGUGUGACAAUAUGCUUAUGCUGCUGAGUGUGAGCCAGAAAAUGACUGAAGAGGAGCGGGACAAAAUCAUGCCGCUGAUAAUCAAGGGCUUCCGUGAUGCUGCAGAGGAUGGUGGUACCUCAGUAACUGGUGGGCAGACAGUCUUGAAUCCUUGGAUUAUUGUUGGAGGAGUUGCAACAGUCGUGUGUCAGCCCAAUGAGUUCAUCAUGCCAGACAGUGCAAUUCCAGGGGAUGUCCUUGUCCUGACCAAGCCGCUGGGAACGCAGGUGGCCGUGAAUGCUCACCAGUGGCUAGAUAACCCAGAAAGGUGGAAUAAGAUUAAGCUGGUGGUGUCCAAAGAAGAUGUUGAGCUAGCCUACCAGGAAGCCAUGUUUAGUAUGGCCAUGCUGAACAGAACAGCUGCCAGCUUGAUGCACACCUUCAAUGCUCACGCUGCUACGGACAUCACAGGCUUUGGGAUCCUGGGCCACGCACAGAACUUGGCCAAGCAGCAGCGCAGUGAAGUAUCCUUUGUCAUCCACAAUCUUCCCAUUAUUGCCAAGAUGGCUGCUAUCAGCAAAGCAAGUGGCACACGGUCUAGGCUCCUGCAGGGGACAUCCCCGGAGACAUCUGGGGGGCUGCUGAUCUGUCUACCUCGGGAGCAGGCCGCCCGCUUCUGUGCAGAGAUCAAAUCCCCCAAAUACGGAGAGGGACAUCAAGCCUGGAUCAUUGGCAUUGUAGAGAAAGGCAACCAGACCGCUCGCAUCAUUGACAAGCCUCGUAUUAUCGAAGUAACACCCCGGGGUGCUACUGCCUCCCCUCAGGAUAACAAUUCUAGUGCCAGCCCUGAAGCUGCCUCCUGAGGUGGAAAAAUGGGUUUCUUCUAUCCCCUGUAGGCUCUAAGCUGCUAAGGGCAGUGGAGCAAGGCUCUGGGUCAGUGUGCAUUUCGCUGUCUGCAGCACAGUGAUCCUUGGGGGCCUCGGUCUUCAUUUUGCCUGAGCAAAAGCAGUGGCUGGAUCCUCCCUGCCAUCUGCUCAAAUGUCAUCACGUAAUUGGUUUCGAAGCCAUUCUCUGUCAGCAGGUAAAUUUCUAUUGAUUCGGAGAUGGCAGUAACUUGAAUUAUUUAUUGGAAUAGUUCUGUUUGUUAUUAAGCUCUCCCAGUUUUUGGUCAGACUGAGCAGCUGGUCCAAAAAGAAGGGUGGGUGACUAAUAAAGCCAUUUGGUUGGGCCCGUGGCCUCUCCUCUCUUAAUGAAGCUCCUCCCUUAAAACCCAAGCAUGGGCGUGGAGGAGCAGAGGAACCCUAGAGGAGCAGCACCAAGCUCAGCUUCAUGGAUUGUUCCUUGGGUUGUAAAUUAUUGGUGACUGAGUUAAUAAAGGCUGAUUUCUACA